GCUGACAUUGUAGUGCAGGAGCCCUCAGAGCGGGUCAGGCAUGGAGAGAGCCAGCAGCGAUGCGUGUGUCUGAUGUUUUCAUUCCGUUCUGACAGUCGGGAAAGCCAGUCUCACCAAAACCCGGAGCUGAAGUGAGAAUUGGCAACGUAACGGACAAACAAAACAUGGUUUUAUUAACGCCAGUGCUGUUGCUCUCCUGGGUGUCACUGCACAACGCCGCGCAAGCUGUAGCCGAGAUAUGCUGGGGGGCGCACUGCUAUGGCGGGGACACCGGCGAUCCAAGACCGUGCACCGGAGCGCACUGUCCGGGGAGCAAAUCCUCCAGAAGUCCGCGGCAGUUCAACCCGACAACGCACGGUCGGGCGGCGCAGAUAGUUGCCAGCCAACAUCACGCAUACCCGGGCUCUCCAAAGGCGGCAUCGGGACCCUACCCGCCCGUCCGCGGGCGGCAAGGGGACGGCGGCGCACGGACGCGAGCGCCCGAAGUUUUACCUGCAGGGUGCACGGACGCGGACUGCGCCCCUGUUGUGAAGCAAUUUCAGCCCGUCAAUGAGACCUGGGACUGUAGAGGGAUCGAGUGCAGGCUGCCGCUGAGGAUACGGCCAAGAGCCCGGGCAAAGCUGUGCGUGGGAGAGGGAUGUCUCUCCGGCUCAGAGGAGAGCGUCUCCUCCGCCGGCAGCCAGAUGACUCCUCCUGUCCAUCUGUCCGACAGAGCCGCGCAGUUUCUGGGAGAUUUUCCGGAGUUUGGAUAUCCGUCGUCGGAUCAUGGCGGGGCGCCUUUGGGUGUCCAACUCACAUGUGACAUCAAGCCAGGAGAGAAUGAAGUGCCUUCAGAGGACGCCCUCAUCUUGCACCUCCAGCUGGCCAAAGGGCAGGAGAAACUUGUGGAGGCCCUGAGAGGUCAGCAGAUCAUCAUCCGCGAGUUGCAGCAGAAGCUUGCCGACCAACAGGAGGCACUGCUGUCCCAGCAGCGCGAGAUCCUGAAUCAGCAGCGGCGAAUGUACGAGCAGAUGGACGUGGUGAAGACCCAGUACGGCCUCCUCUCAGACACCGUCAAACAGGUUUCCUUCCAGGGCCUGCAGGGUGAGCUGCAGAGCUACUUUGAGAGCCACCUGGCGGGACUGCAGAGCCAGGCCCGCAGCCACCUGCAGAAAUCCUACGCUGUCCACAAAAUGGACAUCGACUCGAAGGUGAUGGAUGUAGUUGGGGAGGCUCAUUUUCCUCAACCUCUGCUGGGAUGCCCUUCACCGUGUGGAUCAGAGGAGUACUGUGACUUUCAGAGGGACUCGCCCCAGUGUGAGAAGUGCACCAUGUGUCCACCAGGCUUUUUCCUGAUCUCACAGUGCUCCCCGACUGCGGACAGGAUGUGUCAGGACAGAGAUGAAUGUCUUGAGCUACCAAACAUUUGUGGAGAGAAAGUGAAGUGCGUUAAUACUCCAGGUGGAUUCAGGUGUCUGGGAAUUUCGGAGAGAGAAGCCGUGAUGGGACUGUGUGGUCACGACUACUUCUACAACCAGGAACUGCAGGAGUGCCAGGCCUGUUCGGACUGCGAUGGAGAGCCUGUAACUGUUCCCUGCACAGCGAUCACUGACGCCGUCUGCGGGCACCUUUCAGACAGCCGGCUCUCCCAGUCGUGGGCGGCUAACGUGGGAGUUCCUCCUGCCAGGAGCCCAGGUGCCCACAUCUUCCCUGGACUUCAGCUAAACAUACGAGGCAAAGAGAGCAGUGAUCUGCUGUCCAACGAGGCGGGGCGGGUGACCUUCCUGCAGCAUGGCCUGGUGUGGUUGGAUCACAACUUUGCGAUAAAGCACAGCUGCAGGAACUUCCUCCAGGUGGGGAUGAGGCUCAACGGAAGCCAGGAGGAGGAGAGUCAGGACCUUAGCGGCGUUCGCAUCGAGCAACCGGACGGGAAGUACUUCCAGGGGGUCAGUGUCAGUAGCGGAGUGGAGGUGGAGCCUAACCAUACCUUCACGCUGCUGCUGAAGAGUCCAAAUCAACACUGCAAUCAGAGCAAGGAUCUCCACGUGUAUGAUAUCACAACCCCGGCCUUCAGUCUUUUCUGGCUGUCCCAUGAUACAGGUGCCGUUGCUAUGACGGCUCAGAUGUCCAUGCUGGCGCACUACCAGACAAGCUACCGCCCAACUUUCCGCAUGACAUCAGUGUCUGACCCCUACAUGAUCAGCUUGACUCACGACAGCCGUGGGGUGCGCUUCACAGAGAGUGGAGUGGUGAAGUUCGUCCUCCAGCAAGCGCUUUACUCCAUGGGCCACACCUGCAUUCGAGAGGGUUUCUCCCUGAUCGCAUAUUCUAGCCACAAUGGGACUGGUCAGGAGGAGAUGCGGGCGUUCAAGACGGGCGUCAACUACAGGGACACCUCCAUCACCCUCUCUGGUGCCGUGAGCGUGGACAGCGGUGACACCCUCGGCUUUGAGAUCACAUCCCCGUCCCAGUGCAACAUCCGAUACUUCGGGGACAGCACGGGCAUCAGCAUGUUGAGCCUCAUCUGGAUUCCUUCUGCUCUGUCCUCAGCCUUGACUGCUACCGUGUCCAAGACUGGUCUUCCCUUCGGCGCAGUCAGGAAUAAACCACUGUUGUUCCAGCAGAUCGGCCCAGACAAACCUCAGGUUCACCUGGCCAAGUCCGGGGAACCAAACAGCCGUAAGAACUUCAUAUUUCACGAGAAAGGGACGGUGAACAUAGCCCUCAACCUCAAGCUGAUUCACUCCUGUAAUAUAGUUAAACUUACUUUGCAGCGAGUGGGUGGUCAGGGCGGGCAGGCGGGUCCUGUGGCUCAGCAGGUGUCUGGAACUAUGCCUGAAGGGAGCGAGUGGGCCAGCAUAGGACUGAGAGCAUCGUUUCAGGUACAGAACGGUACAGCUCUUUAUGUCACUCUGGACUGUAUCCGUGGAAGAGUUAACCAGAUAACGCAUGAGGGCGGCACUAACAUUUCAAUCCUCUGGGUAGCGGUGUGAUCCAAGAAAAGACUGAGGCUUUGUCGUCAAUACCUUAUGAAAAAAAAAAAGACAAUUUUGCACAAUAUUGAAUUGCAGAGCAAAUUCAAAAUGAACCAAAUUGAAGAACAAUACUAGUUGAUGAAAAAUGUAGUGAUCUUAUCCACAUAUUCCAUCACAUUAUUGUUUUUAAUGUAUAUUUCUUCACCUUUUUAGACUUUUAUUGUGAAAUCUUUAGGUAAAACUUAAGUACUGCUUUUGCUUGAAGUACUUCGGCUGGUUGAGCAGUGACCAAUUCUACACCUAACGUAUGAAUGUGUGUGUGUCUGUGCUGUAUGUGUGAGUGUGCGGGCGCUGUAUAUGCAUGUGCAUUGGUGCUGAAGUAUGUUUGUUUGUGUGUAUGUAUACACAUUCUGGCAUGCCUACUUUUGCAUAUGUGUAUGACUCAUUUAAUAUGUAUAUCCUCCUAUUCCUGCAUAUAUAUUUAACAUAUACGGAUUAUAUCAUCGGAACUUUAAAGAAGUAGUUUGACAUUUUGGGAAAUACACUUUUCUGUUUUCCAGGUCCAUCCAUUAGCUGUUAGCUUCACUUAGCUUAGCCUAACACAACUUGAAAGAGGGAAAAUACAUAAUCAGGGUUAUCUGUCUAUGCGUCUAUCACCGUGUGGCACAAUCAGCAUGCAACCAGAGCAGCAGCAGCUACUUUAGUCUAUGUACAAUAGGUGCGUUCAGGUUUGGUAUUGAGUUGUAGGUCAACCAUAUUUUACAGCAUCCCAGUUAAAGAAUGAAUGUACGUAUUUAUUACCAGAAAUUGAAUGCAGUAUGUAAAACUAUGUUUUCUAAAGCAUAUCAUACCUUGCAAUGACAAACUGUUGUGUCUUUGUUAGCUUAGAGUUAGCCCUCUGUAUAUAUCCAGAUGGAAAAUGUCAUCCUCCACUGAGACCUCCAUGUUCCAACCUAAUGUUUCUACAGUAGCCCAGAAGGGACAAACCAAACACAGUCUACUGGGUUUUACAUUGACGUUGCAUCCAGGUUCAAGGGAAGGGUUUGAUUUGAUUGGUUGCAAUUCCCAACCCCUCCAUUAGAUGUCACUAAACCUUACACAGUGGGCCUUUAAAAUCUGAGGAAAAUAGACUUGAAGCAUACAAAUAUGUUUCAGAUGGAAAGUUGUGGUUAUGUGCAACAGCUAUUUUUUUUGGCUUUGACAAGAACUGUCUUGGUCACUGCCAAACAACAAACAAAUCCUCAGAGUGUAAGUGCUCAUAAAAUAGCCAAUGUACUCUUUUUUUUUUUUUUUUUUUUUACAGAUUUAAACAAACUAGAUUGAAUUUGUAAACUGGCGAGCUGAGAUGUGCUAAGCUGAAUGUUAUUUGUUUGUUUUUUUGUAACUACUGGACAGAGCCAAGGCAGCCGUUUCCCACUUUUCAAGUCUUUGUUUGUAGCUAAGUUAAGCUCUCUUCAUACAGACGUGAGAGUGUGAGCUCAGUCUUGUCAUCUAAAGUCCUGUCAAAACACAUUUCCCAAAAUGAUGUACUACUUUAACAUAAGAGAUCCUUAUUCAGCUAUAUAGUAACCUUUAAAUAAGCAGGAAUUUUGAUAUUUGAUGUUUUUGAUGAUAUUUAUUUUAUAAAACAGGACUUUUGUAUUUCAGUAUAGAAUACACGGGAAAAAAAGUGUAAAAAAAACGUAAUGAGCAGAUAAUGUCAGCAUUCAAAUACAAGAUUGCUUCUAUUUUAUUUGCACACAUAUAGUUCAGUAUUAUGCAAUGUGCAAAUAUCAUACUUUGUUAUUCUUUUGCCUAAAUGCUGUUUCGCUGUGAAGAGCUGCCCAUGCAUAUCGCUCCUAAUUGCCUCUGUGUGUGUUCUGUCCUCCGAACAAUUAGGCAUAAUUAAGUGUUUCAGAGGGUUGGCAGCAAAGCCAGCACUGAAAUUCUUCAGCUUCAUUCUCACUUCAUUGCGUUUAGUUGUUUUUUUUUCUUUUCUUUUCAUUUUUGGGUGCUGUUCAGGCUCCCUGCACUCUUCUCAUGGAACGUCAGUGUAUGUAUUCUUGUUCAACACCAAAUAAAAUAUACAUAUAUUUUGCCCAACAAAAA